UAACCCGGAAGCAGAUUGAGGUGAAUGACGCGAACCUUUAGGGUCGAAUGGACAGACGGUAGAAAGAUGGCGGAUGACAAGAGCAAUAGCUUAGGCAAUCAUUCCAGUAAUAAACGUUUCUGGAGCCCGUCCGUCCGAGGACCGGCGUUCAUUUUUAUCUGUGUACUGUUGACUGAGUCCGCGCGAGCCACGACGCACUGGGUGGUGACGGAGGACGGCAAAAUCCAACAACAGGUGGACUCUCCUCUUAACUUGAAACACCCCCACCAUUUAGUUCUUUUCAUGCAACAAGAGACUCGUGUGAACUACCUCAAGAAGUUAGAGAAGCAACUAGUUGCUCAGAAGAUUCACAUUGAAGAGAACGAGGACCGGGAUACUGGUUUAGAGCAGCGACAUUAUAAAGAAGAUGCUGACUGUGUCACAGCUAAAGUUCCUCUGGGAGACUUGGAUCUCUAUGAUGGCACUUUUAUAUCCCUGGAAAGCAAAGACAUAAAUCCGGAGGAUUUUUUGGAUCAAAUGUCACCUCUACCUCCAGACCUGGAAAAACCUGACUGCGCUAAAAUUCUCGACCUUCCUUAUAGCAUUCAUGCGUUUCAGCACCUUAGAGGUGUCCAAGAGAAGGUAAACCUAACAUCGCCCUUGCUUUCAAAGGAUGACCCAAUCUUUACCUCCCUGCCUCUUAAGCUGGGGCAGAGUGUGGAUGAAGUUGGGCAUCAGAUACACCAGGCCCUACUAAGAAAUUCCUCUUCAUGGGUGCUUUAUAACUUGGCCUCCUUCUACUGGCGGAUGAAGAAUGAACCCAGGCGAGCUGUGGACUGUGUGGUCCGCGCCCUCCAUUUUUCUCCAAGGCAGCACAAAGACGUUGCUCUUGUCAAUAUGGCGAACGUACUUCACAGAGCACACUUCUCAGCUGACGCUGCCAUCCUUGCCCACGCGGCUCUGGAUCUCACCACUGAUCUGCUAACCAGCCAUUACACCCUGGGCAACAUUUACGCUAUGUUGGGGGAGUAUAAUCACUCGGUGCUGUGCUAUGAACAGGCCCUGCAAGCUCAGCCAGGCUUUGAACAGGCCCUGAGGAGGAAACAUGCUGUCCUCUGUCAGCAGAAGCUGGAGCAGCGGCUUGAGGCUCAACACCGGUCUUUGCAACGCACCCUGAAUGAAUUGAAGGAGUACCAGAAGCAACACGAUCAUUACCUGCGGCAGCAGGAGAUGCUGGACAAGCACAAGCUCAUUCAGGAGGAGCAAAUCCUGCGAAACAUCAUCCACGAGACCCAGAUGGCUAAAGAAGCACAACUUGGAAAUCACCAAAUGUGUCAUAUGGGCCAGCAGAAGUUCACCCUGCACUGCCCUUUUGACUUGCCUGUACGGUAUCACCGUGGUGAACUGUUUGAAAAUGUCCACUACAUUCAGUUCGGUGAGGAGGUGUCAAUAGCCAACAGUGUUGCUCUGGUGUCCGAGUUGAGUGUGAAUGAGAGUCAUAGUCCUCAACAGUCCUACACUCUGUCCUUAGGACGGGAACCUGCAGCCCACUGGGACAAGGAGAUCACCUCCACUGAUGAGAGUCAGACGGUGCUGUGGCCCAGGAGGUCAGACUGUGCACAGCGAUUCCCCACAAUUCCUCCUGUGCACCUACUUCCCACCUAUUACCUGCCCCCUGAGUACCGCAACUUUAAGGCUCUGAAUAUCCUCUUGGAUAGUAAAAGUCCUCCACCAUCAGCAAAGACGCCAGACUGCAGCUUUAAAAGUCUUGUUACCGCUAGAGACCCACUGGACUCUCUGGCCUGGGCCUUGGAGAAGGAGCUGCCUGACCCACAUGCUGAAGAGGUGCUACUGAAGCGCAGUGGUGAGAGGAGUUUGGAGCAAACUGGAGCACUGAUUGCUCAGGCUCUGGACAAGAUGAGUGGGCCGCGGUGGAUGAUGCAGAACGAGGCAGGUCUUUUCUGGCGUGCUAAAGGAAAUGGCACUCAAGCUUUGGUGUGUCUGCGUCAGGCACUCCAUUCUGCCCCUCCUCAGCACAGAGACAUGCCUCUGGUCAACACUGCCAACCUGCUGCUGCACUACGGCCUGCAUGACGAGGCCCAUGAUCUGCUGCAACAGGCCCUGCAGAUCAACCGCUCAGAGCCUCACACCUUGUUAAGUCUGGUCAACGUUCACCUCUCUCAGGGAAACCUGACUGGCGCUCUAGCAGUGUUUCGUCGGGCCCUGACUCUCACAGUUCACUGUCCCCAGUGUCGUGCCAGCCUGCCUCUAAUGCGCUGUCUCCAGUUUUAUCCCUUUCUUUACAAUCUCCAGCACCAGGCCUGUCCAUCUGGCUCUGGCUGUGAGGCAGAGGAAGACUCUGAGCUGGAGGACUGGGACUCGGGCAGCAGCGGCAGGCAAGAGGCCUGGGACACUGAUGCCAUGCCUGUGUCUGCUUUAGAAGACUCUCUCCUCUUUGAGAAGGUGGUGGUGGACAGUAACGGCUCAGGGGAGGCGAGUGGGCAGGAGAGGGGCCGAGAGCAAAAGGCUGAGGGGGAGGAGGAAGAGGAACAGGACUGGCGUCUGAGAGAAGAGCUGAUAGGAGCAUUUGAGGGGGCUCUGGACAUGAACGGGAAGACGGGGGACCUACGGGGCAUCCGCGUGCUGAAAAAUGACAGGGUCAUGGGGGCGAGAGGGGGUGGACCCUGCUUCGGCAACUGUGAGGAUGAUGAAGGAGCUGAAUGGAUAACAUUCCAGGUGAAACGUGUUAAAAAGCCCAAAACUGACUCCUCGGAGGGCUGGGUGGGAGACGGAGAUGUUCGUCAGAAUGAACCAACAUCAAGCAACUCCAUCCUUGAGAUCAGUGGGCCCACAAUCCCCUCACCUGGACCCUCAGAGCGAUGGAAGGACUACAGCAGUCUGGGUUGGCCCGGUCCUGAGGAAUGUCAGCGCACACGUCGUGUGGACCUCACAACUGUGGCUAGUACCUGGCUGGCCGUGUCUGCCAAGAACAUAGAUAUCACAGAGCAUAUAGACUUUGCCACUCCACUUCAGGAACCUGCGGUAGAGCCGGUGUGUAAUGCCAACCUCCCUGCCAGUAUGCACACACUGGACCACCUGAGCGGGGUGGCCAACCGCGGAGGCAUUCACUAUACUGGAGAGAGUCAGCUCAGAGAGGUGUUGCAGAAUCUGGGAAAAGAUAAAUUUCCCUCACUGUCUUUUGAACAAGUGGGAACACGUAUUGCUAAGGUGUUGGAAAAGAAUCAGACGUCCUGGGUUCUGUCCAGCAUGGCAGCAUUGUACUGGAGGGUGAAAGGUCAGGGAAAGAGAGCCAUCGACUGCCUCCGCCAGGCUCUGAACUACGCUCCUCACCACAUGAAGGAUGUGCCUCUCAUCAGCCUUGCCAACAUCUUCCAAAAUGCGAGACUAUGGGAGGACGCCCUGACUGUGGCGCGCAUGGCAGUGGAAAUUGCUCCUCACUUUGUUGUUAAUCAUUUUACUCUGGCAAACGUCUAUAUAGCUAUGGAGGAGUUUGAGAAGGCCAUGAAUUGGUAUGAGUCGACUCUAAAACUCCAGCCAGAAUUUGGGCCAGCCAAAGACCGUCUGCGUACCAUCCAGUGCUACCUCCUCUCCAAGAGGGACCGGCGAGCUCCCUGAGAACACAACACGUGCACCCCACACACACAUAACUUGAACAUGCUCCUUAAUCUUAGCUAUCGGUGAGGAACAGAGUGUUUUGUCUAUUUGUUGUCUUAAUUUCAUAAAUAUGAACCAUAUCAUUACUGUCUAUAAGGUUGGCUUUCAAUUGAGCAAUGAAAACGGUUACCUUUUUUUCGAUCUUUAAGAAAAUUUUAUGAUGUUGUUUUAUGGCUUAUGAGUUGUUUAUUUUUUAUAAAACAUCUUGAUAUUCCUAUAAAGGGAUAUUUUUGCUGGGGUCGAGAUUCAGCGUGCCGGACUGUAUUUGAAUGCUAAUGUUUUUUUGUUUUUGCAAUAACACCAAUAAUACUAUGAAUCUUUUAGUCCCACCAUAUCCAUAAUGUCCCUCUCUCAGCAAUAGCUGCUAGGUGUAUAAAGGGUGUCUUAAAAUGUUUUUUCAGAAUACAGAUUGUUAAAAGAAACACUAUAAUCCUUUAUUUUACACAUCCAUUUAGUUAUUGCCAAUGGUAACAGUUCAGGCCAUUUUGCUGUUAUCUAAGCUUGUAUGCUCAGAUGAUUUCCUUGUAUCUGCCAUCAAAGCAGACCGAAGCAUCUUGUAUGUCCUCCUGUUGCUUUUACUUAGCUAAAAACAUUCAUUACUGCAAACGUGGAGAGGAGAGUUUCCCCUGAUCGUUUACUGUACUGCUUUCAAACUACUGGUAAAGCUGACAUGAAAUAAAUCCUUAGCAUUCAGGCUGAAGACAGAACCACUGCAAAUGUUUAAACUAAGCAAAAGAUCAACAACAAUGCGGUUUGUGUUUUUAACAAUAUAUUUAUUGUACAUUUUUUUAAAAGGGACCUUCAAUGAGGGGAUUUUGCUUAAAGUUCUAAAAUACACCUCUUUUCACAGCUAAGCUGUUGACUUUUUUUGAUCUGUACGAUUUUGAUAAAAUUUGAUCUCGUUCUCUAUAUAGUACUUAUAAAUCAAGAUAAACUUUUUUUGUGUAUGUCCAUAGUCUAUGUGAAAGCAUACAAGUUCCUCAGAAAUUAAAUUGGAAAUGGACAUGAGGUUUUUAUAGACAUGUUUAUGAUUGUUUUCUGAUUAUUUAACUAAAUUAAACUUGAAUCACACGUUCAGUGUUGUUAAGCAUAAAAGAGAAUAUCAUUCAUGCUAGUGUGUCUCUUGUAAAGCGUUUACCCCAACAACCUUGUGAAUGAGUCACAUGAAAAUUUCACCUUGAAAAAUUCUAACUUGAAAUGAAUAAAAAAGUGGUAGUUGGGAUGCAGGAUGGAUAUGUUGUAAAUACUUUUUAAUAUGAUUGCAGGCAAAUUGUAACAUUGGCUGCAGAGGUAGAUGCUAUUCUUUAUGCUAUCCUGAGUUUGACCACGAGGUGGCUGUGAAGCCUCAUGACAUUCAAUACAUAAAAACAUGCCAUGACAAUAAACAUAGAUUAUAUUUGAUGCUUACUAUAAAGGUGUAAUGUACUAUUAACCUUAAAAAAAAAAAAAAAAAAUCAUAUUCAUCCAUGGUAAAGAAUUGCAAUUCAAAAUAUAAAUAAUAUCAAUUUAAAAUGAGCAGUUAAUUGUAAAAAAGGUAAUAUACCAUUGUUGUAGUACACACUCUCUUCUCAGUACUCAAAUAAAUAGGUGCUUAAUACUAGCUCAAGAUGUAGGCUAAUCAUGAUACCAAAUACAUGUACACACGAUUUAAGCUCCUUUGCUACUGAAUAAAUGCUACCAGCCCCACUCUAGCAGUUGGACUUGCCCCUCAAUAGAUUUUGCUUGACACUUAAGUAGUAACACUGAGUCUAGUUGAGUGCCACACUUAUAGGAGAGCCCCCACCUACCCAUCCCCAUCAAAUCCGUUUUACCCAGAGCCCCGCCCUCUCUCUUUGUCAGCUGAAUUAAUUUGAUACUAUUUUUGAAUUUCUGCGUUUCCCAGGGAAACCUAAUGACGUCAAUGCGGGUCAAUAGCACAGCGGGGUGGCGGGGAAAGCUGUGCUCUCCACCAAACAGAAAUGACACUGCUGUAUCUAAGAAGCCCUGGUGUCCAUUCAAUUAAGCAGAGUAUGUAUAUAAAGUAACUGAAUAUAAAGAAUUUUAAAAAUACAUACAAUCUGCUUUAUUACACAAACUCGGGGUAAAGCAAGGUAAAUUUUGUUAGCAAAACUACGUCAAUUAUUUCCUUGAAUGUGAAGAUGUACCCAGAACACCGUGUUCUGUCUAAGCAAAACAAGUUUGUGGGAUGCCAGCCCUCCUUUAACUUCUCAGUUAUCAAGUUCAGCCCCCCACCCCCUCUAAAUACACCGGGAACGCUGAUAAUUUCUCAUGGUAUUUCUCUUCAUUCAAAAAAAAAAAAAAAAAAAAAAGCACGCGAGCUCAUUCAGUGAGCGCUAUAGUCCAAAUGCACGCGCACCUCUGUAUGUGUACUCUGUAUAGUCUCUCAGAAGCCUGUGCGAACAUCUCUUUUCACCUCGAUGACCGACAACAUGCAUACGGUUAUUCCAGCUGCAGGGUCUGAGCUAAAACAGAGAAGCAGACAGACACACACACACACACAGAGAGAGAGAGAGAGGGAGAGAGAGAGGGAUGGGAAUCCGAGUCAACAGAUCAGGAGAGCCCAUGCCUAAAUAACAGAUGCCAGGCACGUGAAUUAUGACAUUUGUGUGUGUUUUCUCAAAUGCUUGUUAUUAUGUCAUUGAUUUUAUAUGGUACUGCACCAACUAUGUAGCAUUUAUGGAUUGUUUUUUCUUUGUCUUCUUUUUACAAUGCUGUAGACUGAAACCAGGUGCACUGAUUGCAUAUUUAGUUUAAAUGUUCAGAAUUACAGAUCUGUAUGUUUUUGGAAUUGUUCCUUUUUAUGCUUUUUAACUAAAAUAUGACGUGAGGUCCUCUGACUCAGUUUAAGAGGUGAUGCGCUCAUAUCGUAACCACUCUAAAUCACAUGUACAAACAGUGGACUGUUAUUCUGUAUUAAUUCAUCAAUGAGAAAAUAAAUAUUUACAGCUACAA